AUGUAUGUCAUAUCGGAAGAGGCAGUUCCAGAAGAUAGUAAAUGUAAAGUCGACGUGAUAAUAGAGAAACCAGAGUUCACUAUUACCGAGAAUGGGAAACGAUACGCGAAGUGCGGAGUGUGCCAGAAGAGCGUGUCGGUGAGCUCGUGGGCACGACACGCGCGCACGCACCGCGGGGAGCGGCGCCACAGCUGCCACGCGUGCGGGCUGGCCUUCGCCGACAGCGCCAACCUCGCGCGCCACGAGCGGGCGCUGCACGCGCGCCUGCGGCCGCACGCCUGCGCCGACUGCGGCAAGACGUUCUCUCGCAAGAGUCACCUGCAGGAGCACGCGCGCUCGCACUCGGCCGGCCGCGCCUUCGUGUGCGCGGCGUGCGGCGCGGCCAGCAAGUCGGCGGCGGCGCUGCGCUCGCACGCGCGGAGCCACGCCGCGCCGCGCCACGCCUGCGUCACGUGCGGCGCGCGCUUCAAGCGCCGCGCGGAGCUGGCGGCGCACCUGUCCGUGCACUCCGGCGAGCGCCCGCACGCGUGCGCCUGUGGCCGCGCCUUCCGUCUGCGCGCGCAGCUCACCGCGCAUGCGCGCACUCACGCAGCGCACCCGCCGCCCGCGUCCUAG